CAGGUUUAAUAAACUUUUGAUCGUGCCAAAAGUUUUCUUUAUUUGAUUUAUCUCUAUUGAAUUAGUAAAUUAAUUGUUAGUAAAAUGAGUACGGGAGAAGAAAUAGAAUCUUUUUACACCCCAAGCUGGUGGACUAGAAGGUAUACCAAAGAAACUGUUGUUGGAAUACAUUUGGAAUUAAUAAAUAAAAAAAGUGAAGAGUUACUACGAACUAUACCAUGUAAAUUAGACGUACAGUAUGGAUGUGGACCUAGGGAAAAAUAUAACAUUAUUGGAACUGAUUUGGAAAAUGAUUCUCCAAUUCUUAUCCAUGUUCACGGAGGAUAUUACCAAGAGGAGAGAAUUUCACACUCUAGCCACGCUUUUAUCGCCAAUGCCUUGUACAAGAAUCAUAUAAAAACUAUAACAAUAGGCUAUGAGCUAUGUCCGAAGAAAGAAGUUACUGAAAUUUUGACAGACUUGUCUGCUGGAAUAAAAGAAUGUAUAAAAUAUGGACUAAGCUGUAAGACACGGGGCAUAUUCCUUUCCGGACAUUCUGGCGGAGCGCACGCAGUUUCAGUUCUAUUUUCCAAACUCUGUGCCGAUUUGAACGAGGAAGAAAAGCAUAUAGUAAAAGGGUGCUUCUUAAUAAGCGCGCUGUAUAAUAUUGAAAAAAUAACAGAGGUCUCUGCAAAUCAAUUGUUAAAUUUAUCCACGGAAACAGCCAUAGAAUUGAGCCCGCUAUUGAACGAACUUAACUAUGGAACGACGAAAUUCUACAUUAUCGCCAGCGAGUACGACAGUCCUUUAUUCAUCAAGCAAGCCAAACAGUUCCAACGUAAAUUAAAGCAAAAUAAAGUAGAAAACGAACUGCAUAUUAUAACAGAAGUCGAUCAUUACGAUAUUUUGGAAAAUUUGUAUUUUGAAGACUUUACAUUAACUAAAUUGAUUAUUAAUAGUAUAAACAAAAUAAAAUAACAAAAAUACCAAUUCUCUUUAUUUUACAAGUGUGCAAUAUUAAUACGCAAAUUAUAAUAUAAAUAAACACAUACAAAUAUAAAUUAAAAA